GUCACCCCCCUGGUUAUAUUAUCUUGAUUUUAUGGUUAAAACCGGUUAAAACAGAGGUUAGAGUCAUUAGAAUUAGUACAAAUUAAGAAUAAUUUUUAAUAAAUGAUUAGAAAUGGAUUUUAUGAAAUUUAUUAUUAUAUUUAUUAGUUUAAUAGAAAUCGCUAUAUGUGAAUUUUCUACAGAAGAUUGCUGGACUGUAGGAUUUAAUAAAGCAAAUUUGCUUUGUUCGUCUUGUGAUCAACUAACAAAGUUUGAUUUGGACAUCUUGAAAAAUCAUUGUAAAGAAUGUUGUCGUCCAGACGAAACAAACUAUACUGAAAAGAAAUAUGCUAAGGCAAUUCUAGAAGUUUGCACUUGUAAGUUUGGAGCAUAUCCACAAAUCCAAGCCUUUAUAAAAAGCGACCGACCAGCUAAAUUUCCCAAUCUUCAGAUUAAAUAUAUUAGAGGUCUCGAUCCAAUUAUUAAACUUUAUGACAAGGAUGGACAUUUGCAAGAAACUGUUGCUAUUGAAAAGUGGAAUACAGAUUCAGUAGAAGAAUUUUUAAAUACACAUUUGGAUAAUGAUGAAGAUGAUUACUUAAAAACAAAUAGAAUUUGAUUUUUUAAAUAACUCUUAACUUAUUUUUAAUAAAUAUGAUUUAGAAAUACAUGUGUAUUGUGUA